AUGCCUACCCAUACGCCCUCCCCGCACCGCUUCCUAGCACCCAAUCCACACUCGACCCAGAAGUCUAAGAAACCCCAAUCCGGCCUGCGCAGUGCUCUCGCUAUACAGACACCAGGCCCUAUAAAAAGAGCGCAACAGAAGCCUGAGCUAGAGUUCAAGAGACUGACGCCUGCGAAACGCUUCGUACUUGCGCCGCCACGACAGACAAAUCAAGUCAUCAAAGAGGGGCGCGAUGAUGCGCAAGAAGAUACAUUCACCCACUUCACGGCGCUUACGAAGCCACCAAGGAAGUUUGAGCGGGUAGAAAGCAUAGAAGAACCAUCUCAAUCAAGCCAAUCAGAAGCGCAGAAUGAGAAUAGUGAGGUUGUCAUGCAAUCCAUCGAAGGUGGGGACGCGCAGCUGGGCCCUUGGAUAGAACGGGAGGAAAACCAAGAAGAUGAGAUGCUCUUCGAAUCAGUCCAAACGAACAAGCGUCGCCGUAUAUCUCCAGCAAGCUCCCCAUCGCUCCAACGACCGUCUGAGCCCUCUACACCUGUUCCCGUAUCUAAUGCAACGACGCACCGCUUCAAAGUCCCACCGCCACGAACACCUGCACCCUUCCCCAGUAUCGCAGCGGUGACUUCCACCCCAGCAGCUGCUCCGCAACGCCCACACUUCAUACUCCCCGCACUACCUACCUCACCACCGAAACCCUCUCGGCCACUCCCCGAGAUCUUCUCUCCUACACGAAAGAACGGCAAAUACGUACACAACGGUCUAGCCUCGACAGUGACCAGCUGGAUCAUAGAAACGGCGAAUACAGGCUUCGCGGCGCAGGAUAGGGGUGGUGUGGUUUGGGGUCGUGAUAAGGAGGAUGGCGUCAAGUUGCGGAUUCGGGUGUCGAGCUUAUCGAGGGGUGGAGAUGAAACGCAUAAAGAAGAUGAGGUAGAGUGCUAUGCGGGUAGCGUUGUCUUCGCACGAGGUGACGCCGAACCUGGCAUGUAUAAUGCUUCGAGAGCAGGGUGUACAGGUGGCGAAGAUGGCCCAACCAGAAUCAUGCUAGCUGGUCAAGGCGGUGCUAGAGCCUCAGGAGGUGUGCUCGUCAAGGCGGGGAGUGUAGUUGGCAUCCGCGCGCCUAUGUGGGAUGUUGAUGUCGGAGAGGAGAAAUGGACGGUGGCUGUGGACUGGGUGCUACUAUGA